AUGGGAAUAGUGGAAACUUUUUCUCAUUUGAUGCUGGCAAUUUUGAAAACAGCACAAUACCUAGACAAAGCUUAUUCACUCAUGUUUGAGCAAAACUUUUUAAUUGAAAGCAAAUUAAAUGCUCCAUUGAGUACCUCACCAAAAACAACAAAAUUGCUUGUAGCGAAUUAUAAUGACUUUAUUGCAUAUCGUGCUACACCGCAAAAACAUUCCAAGCAACAACUUAAUACUGCAUCCAACGAAAUGACAUCUCGUCAUGGACAUUGGAUAAGUAAAAGAGAGAAAAAGCUUUUGAAGGCUUUGACGUUGAUUUCAUGA